UCGUGCGCGCCCCCGCAUUCACCUGCCACCUCGCGCUCCAACCUCACAGUCUCGCACGAGCGCUCGUCUCCUAACGGCUGUCUUUUGAACAGAAAAGACGAUUUUAAGAGGAAAAACUUAUGUUUUUACCGUUUGUUAGAGGUUAAAAGUGUCAUUGUGUGCUUUUUGACAACAGUAAAAGGAUAACGGACGAAGUUGACGUAGAGGGAAAUUAUCGUGUGGGGAGAAACGGACGUUAACGUUAAUCAAUAAUGAGGGAGGUUCCUCUGCUACACAGUAUGGAUCAGCGCUCAUGUAAGGAGCAAACACUCCGGUUUAAGAUUCCUUAUCAGCCAUUUUUCGGACCUUAACGGAUCUAUGUGACCUCCCAUCUAUUUUGAUGACAUAUUUUUAAGCUGUGGGAAAAAACAGAGGAGCUGGACUCUCUCUGGAACAGUCUCAAAUUUCAGUCACAUUUAUUGAAUCUCGCACACAGAGAUUGAGGCUUCCCUUGCCGCAUGGACAUAAAUAACAUCUGACAAGGAAAAGAUGAAGAAGUAAACACUACUCUAGUGUGUAUUUAUCAUGUAGACAAGCUGAGAGAGAGACCGACAGCCAGAGAAAGCAAAGUGACAAGUGGAAAGACGGCGAGAUCCCUCGCGUUCACGGAGGUCACGAUGCCAGAUGAGUCACAGGGAUUUCAGGAUAAGGGGAGGCCUGGAGAAGAAGCGUCACAGAUGUCUUUAGUGCCGGACAUUGUGAUCGCCUCUGGUGUCGGUGGGAGAAAAAUCACCGGAGGCAGUAGCCUGGAACUUGACGUCUUCAGUCACACCACAGAACAAGGUGUAAAACAGCCUCCAGAUUUGCAGAAAGUACAAAACAGCAACAUGAACAUUUCGCAAGGAGAUGCCGGCACAACUAACAGGAACGGUGUCACAAUUAAUCCAAGCAAUAUCACCACAGUCGGGCUGCCAGGGAGCCAAUCAGGACUCAGUGAAUCCCAGAUUUCCGUAGAGGUUGGUGUGGCGAAAGCAGCUCAGACCCCUAAACCUCUCAAGGUCAAUUCUUUGCUGAGAGGAACAGGCGUGACCCAGCAGUCUGCAGAUGAUGAUGAUGAUGAUGAUGAUGAUGAUGCCCCGGUCAGGUCAUCCUCUGAUAGGCUACGAACAGACAACAAUACCUCAUGUCAUGCGAACGGCUGCGGUGACUUGGAUCACAGCGGCGCAAGAUCCAGGCCCGAUUACGUUUGCACUAGUUUCGGCACUGACGCCUGUGACGAAGUGUUAGAUGAACUCGAUGAACGCUCCUUUGAAAAGUCGAACCCUAUCCGUGCCGUCAAUUUCUCUGAACCCAGUUUAGAAAUGUCUCAGUCUAGGAAAAGCACCAAAAGUAGUCCAGAUGAUGACAGACGAGACUCCAAAACAGACUUACACGUUCAACCGAAAUCAACUGAAGAGUCACCCGGCAGCAGGUCGCCCUCGCUCGCAGGUGUUUCAUUCGUCUCCCAAGCGAGGGACAGCAUAGACGACAACUGGAACGAGGAGGAUGAAGAAGAGGACAAGCAAAGCUCCCGGUCCCAGCGUAGCGUGACGGAGGGGGUGUGUUGCUGCUUUCAGGCAGUCCGCAGGGCUUUUCUGCAGUGCGUGGAGGAGACUCCGGCCAUGCUGUCCGGACUGGUGCUGUCUUUGGCCUUCUGUGUGGCCAUCAUCGUCCUCAUUCCCACCACGGGAAGGAACAUGGAUCGCCACGCAGCGGCUCUGGCGGUUGUGUGUGUGGUUCUCUGUCUGAGUUCCGCUCUGCUCGUCUGCCUGCCCUGGCUGGCCACGGUGAGGCGCUGUGGAGGAGCUCUGGCCCUCUUCGUCUGGGGGUCAUUGUAUGUCACGGCCAUGGUCUUCAUCUUCACGGGAGGUUGUGUCACAACCUGGGAACAGGUGGCGUUUUUCCUCUUCCUCUCUCUGAGCGUGUACACAGUGUUGCCUCUCUCUCUGGCCUGGGCCCUCAUGGUCGGGAUAGGCACCAGCGUUUCGCACAUCAUCAUCAUCAGUGUCUACGUUCCCGUCACAAGCCCAGAGACACCAGACCUGGCUGUGCAGCUGGUGGCGAACGCGGUGCUGUUUGUGUGUGUGAACUGCGUCGGGAUUUUCCACCUGUGGACGACCGAGCAUGAUCUCCGAAUAUCCAAUCAGAAGAGAGAGGAGUUCAGCGCCAUACGCUCCCGGAAGGAAAUAAGGAAAUAUCAGCAGGAGCAGCUCCUCCUGUCUGUGUUGCCACGGUGCAUCGCUGUGAAGCUGAAAACAGAGGUGAUAAAGAGGCUGUCCAAGCCCAAGAGCGAUAAGGAGAAUGAACACAACUUCCACAACUUCCACAGCCUGUACAUACAGCAGCACAAAGACGUCAGCAUCCUAUAUGCAGACAUUGUGGGCUUCACAAAGCUGGCAAGCACCUGCUCACCAGAAGAGCUUGUCGCUGUGCUCAACAAGCUCUUUGGCAGGUUUGACGACAUCGCAAAGAAGAACGGAUGUCUUCGCAUUAAGAUCUUAGGUGACUGCUACUACUGUGUGUCUGGCCUGCCUGACCCCAUCCCGACUCAUGCCGGGAACUGUGUCCAGAUGGGGCUGGACAUGUGCACUGCUAUCAGUAAACUGCGAGAAGCGACGGGGGUUGAGAUCAGCAUGCGGGUGGGCGUUCACACCGGCAACGUGCUCUGCGGUGUGAUCGGCUUGCAGAAGUGGCAAUACGACGUGUGGUCACAUGAUGUGACACUAGCCAACCACAUGGAGUCUGGAGGUCUUCCUGGGCGAGUCCAUAUCACAGAGGAGACGCUGCAACACUUGAAUGGAGCAUACCGAGUGGAGGAAGGAGAGGGGGGGACUCGGGAUCCUCUUCUCCAAGGAAGAAAAACCUACCUGGUGAUUGACCCUCACAAGUCGGACAGUUUAUGCAGGAGACCAAGAUCGACAAACAGUCUUGCGUCCGGUGAGAGCAGGCAGCGGGCGUCUGUCCGGAUGUCUCAGUACCUGCAGUCCUGGCAGACCAUCCACCCCUUCGCAGACCUGAGCAACCCUGAAGCCAAGAAGAGGCCCGGCAAGAAGAAACCCACCCCCACCAAUGUCAUCAUGAACCAAUCGCAGCUGUCUGUAGAAAGACAAACUACCCAGACUAAUCCCAGUUUGAUGGUGGAUAAUGGUGUUAGGGCAUCACUUGACACGCUGGACACUGCAGGGAAAAGAGCAAAGAAGCUCAACUGUUUGACUCUGCUGUUCAACGACCUGAGUUUGGAGAAAAAGUUUCGGUUUUCAGAGGUGAAGGGUUUACACCAUUCAAUGAGCUGCAUAGCUCUGAUCUUCGUAACUAUUUUCACGGUCCAGAUGCUUGUUUCUGACAAGAACUUUGAAAUGGCGGUGUCCUACGGUGCAACAUUUCCAGUGCUGGUGCUGCUUCUGUCCAUCGUUUUUACCGGAUACUUGGAGAAAUGGCGUUCUAAGAUGCCGUUGAGCGUCCAGUGGAUAUCAGGCCUGUCUCGUGGCGUCUCUACCAGGGUGGUGCUGCGGCUGUUUGUGCUCACGCUGUGUGUGCUCAUCACUUUGCUUAUGGCCGUCCUCAACCUUUUUUUCCUCCCAGGAAAAAACUGCACCUCGAUUACCAACAGGACAGAGUUGGAGGGUCUCAGACUCUACACUGUGCCUUACUACCUGUACUGCUGCCUGCUGGCCAUGCUGGGAGUGAUUGUGUUCGUCAGGACGUGCUUAUUGGUGAAGACGCUGCUGCUCACCUUGGCUGUGGUGGUUUACCUGGCCCUCUUCCUCUACAUUUACGCCCCGAGAUCCGAAUGCCUCGUCGACCUGCUGUACAACGGCACCAAGCCCGGUGUUCUGAAAGACCCUCACAUCAUGUCUGGAGUUUGGCUGGUCAUCUUUUAUAUCGUAUGCCUCAUAUUGGCCAGACAGGACGAGCUGGGUUGCCGCGUAGACUUCCUGUUGGAGCAUUGUUUCCAGACGGAAAGAGAGGAGAUGGAGACCAUGGAGAACGUCAACAAGCUUCUCCUCCAGAACGUCCUGCCGCUCCACGUCGCCUCCUUCUUCAUGGGCAAAACCGUUCGCAACCAGGACCUGUACAGCCAGUCAUACGAAUGCGUGUGUGUGAUGUUCGCCUCUGUGCCUCAGUUCAAAGAGUUUUACAGUGAGAGCAGCGCCAACAGGGACGGUCUGGAGUGUUUACGAUUCCUCAACGAGAUCAUAUCAGACUUCGAUGAGCUUCUAUCAAAGCCCAAAUUCUCUUCAGUGGAGAAGAUCAAGACCAUCGGCAGUACGUACAUGGCAGCUGCAGGACUGACAAACUCAUUGGAUGACAGAAAGAAGUGUGACAUGUCCUACAGUCAUGUGAGGGCAAUGGUGGAGUUUGCCAUCUCUCUAAUGGGCAAACUGGAGCUUAUCAACACACACUCGUUUAACAGCUUUAAGCUCAGGAUCGGAAUAAACCACGGUCCGGUGAUUGCAGGAGUUAUCGGAGCUCAUAAACCUCAGUAUGACAUCUGGGGGAACUCUGUUAACGUGGCCAGCAGGAUGGACAGUACAGGAGUGCUGGACAAGAUACAGGUGACGGACGAGACGGCCCAGAUGGUCCAGAGUCUUGGAUACAGCGUCACUCUCAGAGGAGUCGUCAACGUCAAGGGCAAAGGGGAGCUCACCACUUACUUUAUCAACACAGACCAGUCGUCUCCUCAGUUCUGACCUCCUCUCCGUCAAACGCUGAUCAGACUGUCCGCUCAGACCAGGGUCCAAACACCAGCUGCAAAGGAUUUUUUUUUAAUUUGUUUUGAUGUAUGAAGGUCUUGUGAACUAUUUCAACUAAACCUGACACUACAUGACUCAUGCUGGUUGCCCACAGAGGACAUAGAUAGUAACGACUUCAAAGUGCUGCCGUCAUAAUGAAGAUCUGCGCUGACUCAAUGCUGAAACGGCGAUGUAGGUCAUAACACAGGUCAUCACCUACCUGUUAAUGAUUUACAUCCACCAAGGAGCUGCCUUUGUCUUUCGGAUUAGACACUAAAUAAAAUCCGUGACUGGUUAAAUGAAGAUAUGAGACUCAUAACUGGAGAGCUUGAACCGUGUUUCUUCCGUUUCUGUACCGUAUCUGGAUUAUUUCUUACUGUAUUAUGUUGAAUAAUGUAUGUAAUAUAAAUGAAUUGAGGUUGUGUUGCUAUUUAAACACUUUUUUGGUACACUUUUAGGUACCUAGAUGUUUCAAAGAUUGCAGUUGUUUCUAUGAAGGACAUCGUUGAAGUAGUUUAUGCCUCAUAUAAGCAAAAUAACUUUUUUUUUUUGCUGUUUACAGGAAUUUAUUUUUGUUUUAUUAAGGUUUUUUCACUCCAUUAUGAUUUCAUUUAGUUACAAAAAAACAUUCUGUUUUAUCUCAGUUUUUAUUCAGCUUCACGUUCAUGACAUAUGUCGGUGAACAGCAUUAUGUGGCUUUAAAUACACGUUUUAAGCUACUUGGCACAGAUUUGUGAUAGUUACAGGUCUUUUCCACUUGUUCCCAACCUGAGGGUGGUGACAACAUAAAUCUGAGAGGUGGAAAGAUGAUUUCACAGGAUAGAACAGAAGGGAAAACACUAUAUUUCUGCUGUUUUCCAGAUUUUGAUAGUUUUCCCUAUUCGGAGGUAUAAAAAU